GGCUUCAUGCUGGACAGUCCACAUCUUAUUGGCCAGGCGCUGUGUUUCCCUCAGGAGGGAUCCAGGAAGUUUGUCUGUUGUCUCAGCUGGAAGGAAGGAACGGUUGCGAACUAACAAGGUAAACAAGCGCUGCUGACCUCUGUUGAAUUAUUUUUUACCGCUGAUCACCAUGUCACUGCAGAGAGAUCCAGUGUAGGACAUGCUCGCAGCGUUACGCCUGGCAGUAGUGGCAGUUCCGAUGGGUGUACUGCUGUCCCGGACCAUGGCGUGGAUGUCCAGUGGCAAAACACACCCAGAACUCAUCAGCAGGCUGAGGGAUCACGGGGUGAUACGCAGCGACCGAGUGUUUGAUGCCAUGCUGGCUACAGACAGAGGGCUCUACUCUAUAGACUCUCCUUAUGCAGACUCUCCUCAAUCCAUAGGCUACAUGGCGACCAUCAGUGCACCACACAUGCAUGCUCAUGCUUUGGAGCUGUUAAGUGACAAACUAACUGAAGGGGCAUCGGCACUGGAUGUGGGUUCAGGAAGUGGAUAUCUCACUGCCUGCUUUGCAAGGAUGACAGGACCCAGUGGUAGAGUGGUUGGCAUUGAACACAUCGAUGAACUGGUUCAAAUGUCAAUAAAAAAUGUGCAAGCCGACGACCCAGAACUGCUCACCUCUGGACGCAUCAAACUUGUAGUGGGAGAUGGAAGGCUUGGCCACCCAGACGGUGCCCCGUACGAUGCCAUUCAUGUUGGUGCAGCUGCAGCUACUAUUCCUAAGGCUCUUUUGGAGCAGCUGAAGCCUGGUGGCCGGUUGGUUCUCCCAGUGGGCCCUGACGGUGGCAGUCAGGUGCUAGAACAGUACGAUCGGCAGAUCGAUGGGACCUUUCUCAAGAAAGCUUUGAUGGGAGUGGUUUACGUCCCCCUGACUGACAAGACGCGUCAGUGGCCUGGGAGAUGGCGUUGGUGCUGCAUCUCCACAGCCCCGUAGCACUCCUCAUGGUUUCACCGUGCUCCAGUCUUAACAGCCACCUGCCCCGCUG